AUGAAUAAUUCGAAAUCAGAUACAGAUCAAAAGAGUUUUGAUGCUACCUAUACUGAAAAUGAAUUUAGCUCAUCAAUUCCCCUUUCUGAAUUGACAUCAGCAGGAGUGACGAUAGUUGAUGGGGAGGAUCAUAGGGAAGAAUGGGAAAUGUUAAAAGAGGGGAAUUCUAUAAAGAGAUUUUUUCAUAGGGUUUGGAAUGGUCCAAUUGAACCAAAAGAUGAACCACCAUCAUUCCCAAUGAGAUGGCCCUGGUUAAAGGCUAUUGAAGAAUUCCCUUCUAAGUCUUUUGGCAAAGAAUUUCCAAGCAACACAAGGGAUUAUAUUUUCCUUACAUUAUUUUGUUCCAUAUGGCUAACUAUACUCUAUUCUAUUUUGCAUCCCUAUUUGUUUAUUGGACCUUACUUUUAUCAAAAUACCGGUGAACAAAAGAUACCAAUUGUACAUCUAGCUUGUAAUUCAUAUAUGAGGAACUGGCGGGGAAAGAAUAAUGCUUGUGGACUAAAUGGUGCUAACUGUAGUCCCUUUGAAGACAAGGAAUUCUUUAUCCGUUGUCCAGCAUUGUGUGAUCAAGGCGGCACAUUAUAUUCGACUACAGUUGUUGGAGGUGACAGAAUAAAAUAUCAAGGGUAUAGAAUAGGUGGAGGUAAAUCAGAUAAUAAAGAUGAUUCAGGUACAUUAUCUUAUCCCUAUAGAGCAGACUCUUUCCCAUGUAAUGCAGGUGUACAUGCAGGCGUCAUUUCACCAUUUGUGGGCGGUUGCGCUAAGGUUAAGAUGUCAGGCUCUCAACUCUCUUUUCCUUCGAGAAAUGGCCAGCAUGGUACUGGCUUUUCGAUUUCAUUUGAUAGUUUUUUCCCAAGUUCCUAUACGUUUGCUGAUUUCAAACAUGGAGUUGCUACGGGUUGUUAUGAUCCUCGGUUUUUGAUAGCAGGUAUCAAUAUUUUAUUUGGAGGGAUAUCAUUUUAUUUUUCCAAGGGUUUAGUUGGAUAUUGGAUAGUUACAAUAAUCAGCCAUUGGACCAUCAUCCUCUCAAUGGACCCUCCGCUGUUGAUAGACCCACAUGAUAACACAACUGCAUACGAAUUGAUUAGUAUUGGCUUUCAAAGACUACUGCCAUUAUGUUUCGUGUUAUAUGUAGUUUGGAAAUUUGCAGUAAAACGUACAUUAGAAGAUGGAUCCCCAGUGGCUAAGAUUAUUUUAUGGUAUCCAACAUUUUGGGUUGGUGCUUUGAACAAUAUCACUUUUGAUAGAUUGCCAAUUGAUAGAUUAUAUUGGAAGAGUAUCAAAGAGCAAGCUGGUGCAUAUACUGCUCUGACAGGGCUGGGAUGCCUGAUUCUAGUUAGUACUAUCAUACAAGUUUAUUCGUUAUGGAAAUCAGGAAGAUUUAGAAAAUAUUUCAGAAUAUACAUUGCCAUGAUUGGGGGUGUAGUUUUUCUAGCGCUUAUCCCAGGCUUAAGCCUUAGAUUACAUCACUAUAUCAUUGGUCUUCUACUACUGCCUGGAUGUGCCACCAGAGGCUCUUCUGCAUACUUGUUUCAAGGUGUACUAAUUGGGCUAGUAAUUUCAGGAAUAUCAAGAUGGGAUUUUGCAAGCAUCGAAGAAACUGAUACUCAAUUAUUGAGAAAUGAGGCCGGUGCUUCCUUAAUUCCACCAACAUUUAUUUUUGAAAAUAGUACCUCUCAUAUGUUAUCCUGGAAUACUACCUAUGAAGAGUAUGAAUCAGAGUUCGCCGUAGCUAUCGACGGUUACUCUUUAUUAUUAAAUGAUAUCGAAGUAUAUGUGGGAACAAAUACUACUGUUGACUUAGAUACAAUAUUUGCAGGAGAAGAAAUCUCUCAAAUGUUACAAGAUUCAAUGGACUUCCAUAACGGUACAACUGACCUAUUUCUAAGAAUUGCCAGAGCGUCCACUAAGAUUCCACAAGAAUAUCAUGGAGACUACUCUAAUCCUGCUAAAUUAAAAUGGCCAGAAGGUAUCUGGCAUGAUCCUAAACCUGGAGUCUCCUGA